GGUGAAAGAACAAUUAUGUACACUCUGAAGUGUUAAGUGAAUUAGUGCAAAGUGCCAAAUAAGAGAACAGGUUCAAUCAAGAUGGAAUGUAUGGUGAAAUUAACAGCAAUUACCAUAUUAGCAUUUAUUGUUACCGUUGUAUAUGGCAAUGAUUCGAGCGGACAAUGUUGUCCGCCAGGUCAAAUGAUUCUAAUUCACAAGAGAUCCAAAACAUUCUGCUGGGAACCAGAAGCCAACGUGACUUCGCCGUUGAGCAUCGGCUGUAAUGACACAGGGUUCAUUAAAGCUACAGAGGAUAUUGAUUUCAGUGUUGACGAUUAUGACCAGCUUAUAAUAAGAUUACAGAAUUUUGAAGUUGAAUAUGAAGCUGGCAGUUACUGCGUGGGUAAUUCGACAAUAUUGAGAAAUAACAGUGUUUAUCGUAAAUUGGCUGUAGUCUGCUACGAGGCAGACGUAGGAGUGAUAGCAGAUGAAACAUUCGGCUACUGCAUGUUCGUGUCGUCGCUGUUUCUAUUUCUUACUGCAUUGAUUUAUGUAUUAUUUAAGGAGCUUAGGGACCUUCUGGGCAAAAGCAUCAUCAACUUUUGCUUUAGUCUUGGAGUGGGACUUUGUAUAUUAGCUGUAAUGAAGAUUGUACCGUAUAUUGACAUGGAUCUCUGCGCUGCCAGAGGGUUCCUGGCAUAUUUUUUUGUAAUAGCUAGUUUCUUUUGGACAAAUUCGAUAUCCAUACAGAUAUUGAUAAGUAUGAAGCGGCCCUCCGUACUAAACUACGGUUGGAAAGAAUUCAUCUGGUACGCAAUCUACUCUUGGGGUAGCCCUGCUAUUUUAGCCAUGAUCAUGGCUAUAAUCAAUUUCAUGCCUGGAAAUCACUUGAAGCCUGGCCUGGGGUUAAACAACUGCUGGUUUUUUAAUACGAAACAGCAAUGGUGGUACAUGUACAGUGUCAUGACUUUAUUGAUACUAAUCAACAUUGGCAUCUUCAUCUACACGUCGUUUAUGCUUUGGCGAAACUCAUUCUCCUCCAGCCAUAUAAAAGCGUUGAGAUUCAAAUUUACAAUGACGUUAAGACUCUUCUUUGUUAUGGGUGUGCCUUGGAUAUUCGAGAUGAUUGGCACAAUGGUCAAGUCUCAUAUAGUAUGGGAAAUACUAGACUUAAUGAAUUCGCUACAAGGAGUGUUAGUAUUCCUAGUACUGGUUGUCUUCCGACGAAGAGUAGUUAAGCUGAUGCAUCAAAGAGGGUGGCUGGACUGCAUCUCAGGACCUGUUGAGAAAUGCUUGGCUGUUGGAGAGGACGAAGAAAAUGUGGUACAGCAUACGAUUGGAUAUCCAAUGGAUGAGCCGAAAAUUAAUGGAAAUGGGAUUGCUAAAUAGCAUUUCGCCAACUGGAAACUUAUAUAUCUUCAUUACAAAGGCCAAGAUUGUCUUUAGCUAUACGACUGUGAUCUCAGGCCUCCGACACUAGACACUACUCUGUUGUCAUAUCUCGCUUUUCUUUUGCUUUGGAGCGCCUAUAGAUAGGGCUACACAUUUAAUUUCAUUUGCUUUUUGACUAAGUGUGCAUAAAUUGUAUUUGGGUCAUAUGUUUCUAACCAUUUACAAAUUAAUAAAUCAAGUUAUUGUUUAAAUGUAUGCGAUAGACGCCAAUUUAUUCUAUAUAAAUGUCGGAGCCAGUAAUCGCUUCAAACGUAUUGUAACAGUAUUCGGUUUAUUGUUUACGUAAUGCGCUGUACAAAACUACAAAUCUUAGCUAAUAUUUUUACAUGUUGUUUUCUAAUCAUUAGAGAAACUAUUUACUAAACUUUCUACGAAUCGCAAUAACGAGUCUAGAUCACGGUUUCUUUGUUUACAAAUGUCACGUCAGUUUGACGGCUCAAAUUGGGGAGAACGUGAGAUGGAGAGGGGUGGCUCUGGAGUUAUAUAAAUCUGUUCAGUUUAAUCAGUUAUCUGACGUGGUCCUAUAAUAUGAUGGCCGUUGGUAGGCUUGCCAUGUGAAAAUAAAGAGUGAAAUGGAUGGGCAAUGUUUAUAAACAGCGCACAUUGACAAGAGGGGCUUUUUGUGUGACUUACUUGGAAAGUGAAGACGUAAGCGCGACCGCUCUCUGUGAACUUGCGUGACAUUUAAAAUCUGUUAUAACCUGAUCCGUCUUUUGUACUGUGACGGUGUGACCUCCUUACACCUUCAUCUCACCUUUUGUACAUGUACAUAUAUAUAUCUGUAAUUCAGUUUCUCGGCCCAUUUAGGAGUAAGUGCCUUUAUUAAAGUGUAGGGAGUGUUUUAUACUGUUGUAUCUGUUUUUUUACAUUUACCUUUUUAUUGUUACAACCCUUUCAGUACUUUCAAACUAGUUACUGUAAAAAGUGGAUAAACGAAUUAAUUGCAAUCAACUGACAUUAUUAUUUCAUCGCCGACUGAACGAAUUGAUAACGAAAAGUGAAUAGGCUAAUUAUCAAAGGAUUUACUGAUCAAAUCAGUGAUAAAGAUAUUUCUCAUAAUAUAUGUCGGAGUAAGACCGUAAGGGAGACAGAACGGAC